CCUGAAUUUAGCUUCUGGGUCUAUCAAUCAAGUGUAAAUAUAUAAAUCUCUCUCUAUAUAUAUUUAUAUAUAAACAUAAUAGUGAUUUAAGUGUUGUUGUCGCUGUUUUGUUUUUGUUAUGGACUGUUGUAGUGGGAAUUCUUCAGGUUCAUUAUCUCAGAUUGCGGUUCAGAACCAGAGCUCUGGUUCUGAAGAAGAGCUGAGGCAAUUGCUGGACCAAAGGAAAAGAAAACGAAUGCAAUCGAAUCGGGAAUCGGCGAGGAGAUCGAGGAUGCGAAAACAGCAGCACUUGGACGGGCUGAUGGCGCAACUGAGUCAGCUUAGGGAAAACAAAAACCAAAUCGUUUCAAGAAUUAAUCUCGCAACCCAACUCUUUCUCAACGUCGAGGCACAAAAUUCUGUCUUGAGAGCUCAGAUUGUGGAACUUACCCAUAGCUUAGAGUCCCUAAACCAGAUCCUGUCUCACAUCAACAACAACAACAACAACCACAACCAAGAAGAACAACAACAUAAUUUUCUUCAAAACUUUUAUGAUUUUGAUCAAACCCCAUUGUUCAUCAACUCCUUUUUCCUCACCCAACAGCCCAUUGUGGCUUCUGCUGAUCAUCACGUGCUUCACUACUGAUCCACUUCCGCCAUUGAUUUAAGGAAGCCUCUAGUUUAAAUCUUAAUCUAAUAUCUUUUAUGCUUUGUGUUCAUGGAUUGGAAUCAGAUCAGAUCGGUCAUUCGUCGGGAAUUUUGAAGUGAAACACAUUUAUAUUAAAUAAAUUCUAGUUUCAUAUAA